AUGACGCUGUCGCAGGGGAUCAAGACCUAUCCCAAAGCCAUCGGCUGGUCCGUACUGCUGUCUACAUGUAUCAUCAUGGAAGGGUUCGAUAUUGUGCUCAUCAAUUCUCUCAUGGCACUUCCUGCUUUCCAGAGGCGUUUUGGAGAGCCUUCGCCUGAUGGCGGAUACCAAAUCAGUGCUGCAUGGCAAUCCGGCUUGUCCAAUGGAGCUUUGGUUGGCGAAGUUAUCGGUCUACUCUUCAUCGGAUACAUCGUCGAGCGUGUCGGGUAUAAGAAAACCAUGAUUGGCUCGCUCAUCGCUCUUACUGGUUUCAUAUUCAUCGUCUUUUUCGCACAAAGUCUACCGAUGCUUCUUGUCGGCGAAAUUCUCAUGGGCAUCCCCUGGGGCGCAUUCCAAACCUUGACGACAACAUACGCUGCCGAAGUAUGCCCUGUCAGUCUCCGUGCCUAUCUCACGACCUACGUCAAUUUGUGUUGGGUCAUCGGUCAAUUCCUAUCUUCGGCAGUGCUCAAGUCUGUUGCCAACAAGACCGGACCGAUCGGCUACAAACUUCCCUACGGUCUACAAUGGAUCUGGCCACUGCCUUUGAUCAUUGGCAUCGCACUGGCACCAGAGUCUCCGUGGUGGCUCGUCCGCAAAGGACGUCCUGACGAGGCGAAGAAGCAGGUCCUCCGACUGACUUCUCGCAAUCAGACAGACUCUGGCUUCAAUGUCGAUGAAACAGUAAAUAUGAUGAUCUACACCGAUGAACUCGAGAAAGCACAUACAACUGGUACCAGUUACUGGGACUGCUUCAGGGGCACAGAUCGCCGCCGCACCGAGAUCGUGUGCAUGGUUUGGGCUGUCCAGACGCUGUGCGGUGCAUCCUCGUUCACAGGAUAUUCGACCUACUUCUUUGAACAAGCUGGUCUUGACGUCUCAUCUGCAUUUUCUAUGUCUCUCGGCCAGUACGGUCUCGGUGCUGUCGGCACUAUCCUUUCGUGGUUGUUGAUGCUCAAAUUCGGGCGUCGCACGCUCUACCUCUGGGGCCAGAUCGCCAUGGCUUUCAUACUUAUGGUCGUUGGCUUCCUUGGUAUCGCACCAGCAUCCGCAGCAGGUGCACACUGGGGUAUCGGAGCUUUGAUCUUGAUCUACACCUUUAUCUACGACAUGACGGUAGGGCCAGUCUGCUACUCUCUAGUCGCCGAAAUCCCUUCCACUCGCCUGAGAAACAAAACAGUCGUUCUUGCCCGUAAUCUCUACAACAUCACAGGUGUCGUCGCCAAUGUCCUCACACCUCACAUGCUCAAUCCGGACGCAUGGAACUGGGGUGCGAAGGCUGGCUUCUUCUGGGCUGGCACUGGAGCUCUAUGCGCCGUGUGGACAUAUUUCCGAGUGCCAGAGCCCAAGGGUCGCACCUAUGCUGAGAUGGACAUGCUAUUCGACGCCCACACAUCCGCUCGCAAGUUCAAGGAGACGAGCGUCGAGUCCUUUGGCUCGAUGACAAAGCUAGAGAAUGACAAAGUCAUGAGCGAGAAAUCCACAUCGGACCAUGUGGAAGAAGUCGGAUGCUGA